AGAGCAACAGGUGUUUCUAUGACUGUGCCCUUUAAAUCUUGAACUGAAGUGUAAAUAAUAAAUUCCCCAACAGCGAUCUGCAGAUUUUUUUAGUUACAAAUUUGUUUAACUUAUGUUUGUACAAACGUCUGGCCACUAAAAAUGCGCAUAGCUAGGGUUAAUAAUUACAGCCAGGUUGUGGUGUUUGUGUGUUACUUGUUGAGUACUGCAUGUAAAUUUUGCGUUGCUAGUGCCGUAUCGGAUACAACUUGUGAAAAGUUGUUGGUUGGGCAAUAUACUUGCGAUGCCCCAAUUAUCGAUCCAACUACCCAAGAAAUAAGUGGUUGUGCGAAGAAUUCGUCAGCUAGAAUUCCAUGUAAACCUCUCAACCAAAUUGUUUGCAACGGAAAACUUUAUAAUGGUAGUAUGAUAGGAUUCUAUAAAGAUGUUCCAUGUCGAUUUACAAACGGUUAUUCCUAUAUUGUUGCACUUGCUUUAUCUUUAUUUCUGGGUUGGCUGGGGGUAGACAGGUUUUAUCUCGGCUACCCAGCUAUUGGUUUGUUGAAGUUAUGUUCGUUUGGUCUUUGUGGGAUUGGAGCAUUGGUUGACUUCCUUCUUAUUGCAACACAAGUUCUGCUUCCCUCCGAUGGAUCAAAUUAUGUUAUUGAUUUCUAUGGACCAAGACUUGUGCGAUUGUUUGUAAACAAUGAUACUUAUUAUUGAACAAUGUUGUCUUUGUUAUCACUGUACUGUUGGUUAUGAACUCUCUAAUUGUUUUGUCUUUCAAUUUAUUUUCUUUUUUAUCAUUGUUUUCUUUUAUGACUUUAACUUUGUCCGUAUUACAUUGAAAUAAUUAUCUGCUGUGUAACUAUGUUACUGUUAGUGGUUAAACUAAUGUAUAAUUAGAAAAGUUGCAUUUGAACCAA